AUGUCGGAACCAAUUAGAAAGAAGGCCGGAGAUAUUUCGAAGGCUCCUACACCACAGAACACCCCCUCCUCCGUGACUAACUCUUAUUUGAAGUCCAAGCCGCCAGGGGUUUCCACCAUCAAUGAGGAAGACGUCACAAAUGGAUUACAGGGACAAUUGGCAAACAACCCUGUUCUCUUGUCGAUGAUACAGGGCAAGUUGGGGAACUUGGUUGGCCAGCAAAGCGGGUACAUCGAGUCGCUCCCUAAGAAGGUCAAGAACAGAGUGUUUGGAUUGAAGUCGAUCCAACAGAAGCAAAUGGAAUUGGAGGCCGAAUUCCAGAAAGAGUUGUUAAAUUUGGAAAAGAGGUACUUUAAGAAAUACGAACCUUUGUACGAGAGAAGAAAGCAGAUUGUCAACGGGGACGAAGAACCAACUCCGGAAGAAAUCGAAGAAGGUGAAAUUUUGAACGAGGAGGAUGAAGAUGAAGAUGAGAAGAAGAUUGAAGAGUUGGAUGAAGAUGAAGAAAAGGAAGGUGAAAGUGAAGAAGCAGAAAAGGGUAUCCCAGGUUUCUGGUUGACUGCAUUGGAAAACCUUCAAACUGUUUCUGAAACUAUAACCGACAGAGAUUCCGAGGUUCUUCAAUUUGUCAAGGACAUUAGAAUGGAAUACCUUGAAACUCCAGGCUUUGAAUUGAUUUUCGAAUUCAAUGAAAACCCUUACUUCACCAACCAAAUCUUGACCAAGACUUACCAUUACCAAGCGGAAUUGGGAUACUCUGGAGAUUUCGUUUACGAUCAUGCUGAUGGGGUUGAAAUAAAUUGGAAAUCCAAGGAAAAUAAUGUAACUAUCACUAUAGAAAGAAGAAAGCAAAGAAACAAGAACACCAAGCAAACCAGAACCAUUGAAAAAUUAACCCCAACUGAGUCAUUCUUCAACUUCUUUGACCCACCAAAGCCACCAUCAGUCAACGAGAACGAUGUUGAAGGUGACGAUGAGGAUGCUGAUGAGGAAGAAGAAGACGAAGACUUAGAAGCAAGAUUGGAAUUGGAUUACCAACUAGGUGAAGAAAUCAAGGACCGCUUGAUUCCUAGAGCAAUUGAUUGGUUCACAGGUGAUGCAGUUGGAUUUGGCUUCCCUGAAGACUUCGAAGACGAAGAGGAAUUCGAUAGUGAAGAAGAAGGUAGCGAAGACGGCGAUGAUGAAGACGAACCUCCAAAGGAGAAUCCACCUGAAUGUCAGCAACAAUAA